CUUUCCUUCAUUUCACCACCAAGCCUUGGACCAAGACAACCAGCUGUAUAUAUAAUGGUCCAACCCAAGAAAGUCGCCAUCAUCGGCGCCGGCCCCUCGGGACUAGUAACAGCCAAAACCCUCCUACACAGCUUCCCCGAGGGCACCUUCAUUCCCAGCGUCUUUGAGAAAAACAGCCGAAUUGGUGGUCUCUGGCCCACAGCGAUUGACCAUGGCGCUGAGCGACGGCUCAACCCGUGGAUUCGGACGAACCUGAGUCGGUUCACGGUGGCUUUCUCGGAUCUGGCGUGGGAGUCUGUUAUCGGGGAGAGGGAGCUGUCGAUGUUCCCGCAGGCAAGACAGGUAGGGCAGUAUUUGGAGAAAUAUGCAAAUUUGUAUAUUCCCAAGGGGGUUUUGAGGCUGGGGAAGGAGGUUGUGAGGACGGUUCGAGAGACCGAUGGUUUGAGGGCUAGGUGGACGGUGCAGUGGACUUCGAGAAGCAUAGAUGCAAAUGGCAUUGAAUGCAACGGACCUGAGGUGGAAUCGGAAGAGUUCGACUAUCUGGUCGUCACGUCUGGAUACUUUGCCAAAGCUCACUUCCCGGAUAUACCUGGUCUGGCUGGGGUCGCUGACAGGGUUGUUCACAGCUCUGAAGUACAGACUAUAGACGAAGUGCAGCGGCUGUUGGAGAGAACUGGGUCCUCGGGUGGGAAGCUGGUCGUUAUUGGGGGCAGUAUGUCGGGAGUGGAAGCUGCUUCGACAGUGGCGCUUCAUCUAUCUACAAUGGACUACAAACCCCCGGUGAUCCAAUCCGGGCGAGACUACGAAGUCCAUCACAUCUCCUCGAGGCCCUUCUGGACAAUACCUACUCACCUUCCCCAUGAUGGCUUUCAGGAUAAUACCAAGACGCAAAACAUGCAAUUCCUUCCCCUUGAUCUCGUCUUCUACGAUCUUGCUCGACGCCCUCCCGGCGAAGUCGAGUACGGACUCGGACCGCUCUCCACAGACCGCAUACACAAGACAAAUGCAUACUUCCGCUCCCUCCUCGGUAAUGAGUAUGCAAAAAUCGGCAGCUUCGGAAUCCCCAGCAGCGAGAGCGAAGACCCGCAGCCAUCAUGGAUCGGCAUAGGAGACGACUACGCCGAAUACGUGCGCUCCGGCUUCAUCAAACCCACCAUCGGCCGAGUAUCCAACAUCAACAGCCCAUCAACCCUCACCAUCACCCUACCCAACGGCACCCAAGAAACCAUAUCCGACAUCACCGCCAUAAUAACAGCCACCGGCUACACCCCCUUCUCAUCCCUCAGCUUCCUCCCCUCGCCCGUCCUCUCCACGCUCGAAUACUCCACCACCGACCCCUUCAUCCCCCUCAUCCUAGACGGCAAAGGCACCUCGCACGCCGAGAUCCCCGACCUCGGCUUCGUCGGCUUCUAUCGCGGCCCCUACUGGGGCGCAAUGGAAAUGCAAGCCCGCAGUCUCGCAAACACAUGGGCCAAAGACCUCUCCUUCACAGGGCCCUACUUCACCAACGAAGAACUCACCCAAAAGACCAACGAACGCGACCUCCUCCGCACCCUCCGCACUACAACCCUCCCCCGCAGCCAAUUCCCAAUGGGCGACUACGUAGGCCUAAUGGAAACCCUAGCCCGCGAGCUCAACAUCCCUCGAGCUCCUAUCCCAUCCACCACAUCCACAUCCAAUCCCUACAACAAAAUCAACCACACUCACAACGACACAAUAAACCACGGCCCCGUCCUCCCCUCCCGCUACAUCCCGACCCCCUACCUAACCCCCACCCCACCAACAGACCGCCUCUCCACCCUCAUCGCGCGCGAAAGCACCAAUACCCUCAAAUCCCUCCACCAAACCAUCACCCCCAGCCCAACAAACUACAAUCUCGGCAUGGGAAUGGCCAUAUUCCGCGCCCUCCACGGACAAUGGAUCUAUACUCGCACAGUCACUCACAUCCUACCUUCACCGUCAUCGCUCCCCACACCAACCCGCUCAUCCCAGAUCUCGCAUGUCACUGGAACAGCUACCUUCCAUCCCCGUCGCACAUCCAGUAUCUGGUACGAGAAGGAAUAUGUAUACGAGGAAGUGCUGCAUCACACCAAUACCAAUGAUAAUGACAGCAAUAUUGAGAUGAUGAAGAAACGCUACAUCUACCGCCUCACCGAAGGAACCUGGAGCAAGAAGAACGGCCAGAUCCUCAUCUGGAACGUGGAUGUUGACCCGUUUCAUGCGGGGAAGUUCUCGCAUGGGGUGUUUGUGGGGUUGGCGGAGCGGAUUAUGCCUCCUGCCCCAGCUUCUGGCGUUGAGGAAGAUACUACUACUAGUAGUAGUGAAAAGGGGAGGGGGAAUGAGUCGAAUUAUGUGGUUCGGGCUGGGGCGGGGGCGAGACCCAUGGAUCGGGAGAAGGAGAGGGAUCCGAAGUAUGAGUAUGUGUUUCGGAUGGAGGGGGUGUCGGUUGUGGAGUGGGAGUGUGUGGUGAGGGAGAAUGUGGUUGGGGAAGGCAGUGGUGGUGUUGAGGGUGGGGGAUUGGUUACGAGGACGGUUUAUAGGAGGUGAGCUGUUUGGUUAUUUCCUUACGCGUAUAUACUACUUUCUUGUAGAUGUGAUUGGUGUGUACGGUAUAGGUGAAGAAGGGUAAGGGUAUAU